CAGCCCCUGCGGUGCCCCCGGAGUCUGAGGGAAGGCCUUCCUCGACAGGUGCUGGUGGACGACCCUCCCCCCCUCCAUGGCAGACGAUGUCGGCCACUAACAACAUCGCCCAGGCCAGGAAGCUGGUGGAGCAGCUGCGGAUCGAGGCCGGAAUGGAGAGGAUCAAGGUCUCCAAGGCCUCCCUGGAGCUGAUGAAUUACUGCGAGCAGCAGGCCAGGAACGACCCCCUGCUUGUUGGCCUCCCCACCUCGGAAAACCCCUUCAAGGACAAGAAGCCCUGCACCCUCCUAUAG